AUGAAAACAGAUUUUGUACAAGCUGGACGAAACAGAAGAUCUGACUCAGUCAGAAGAUCAAUUAACAGACGAAGCAACAUUCAACCGCGCCUGAAUGAACAAUCAGAUCCCGAAGGGCAACAGAUACAAGAAGAUGAAGAACUGAAUAGAGAGAUAACACUUAUGUACCAGGAAAUUAAUUUAAGAUAUGAAGGAAUGUCAAUGGAGGGAAGGCCGCAGAUAACAAGACUGAAGAUUAAUGCUGAAGCCAAAAGAGUAGUCCGAAAAGUUAACGAAGCACUCUCAAGUAGCCUUGAUUCCGCAGGAACGUUGGAAGACCUAUGCCACAAAAUCUAUUGCGCUGCCAGAGUUGUCACCGAUAUACAAAAUCAAAAUCAAACUGCAACUGCGCCCAAUAGACCGGACCGUGAACAAAGAGUACCCUGGGAAACUAGACUUAAUAGAAAGAUCGACCAUUUACGAAAGGAAAUAGGAGUAUUGCAUACAUUCCUCAACAGUGAGACCCCAAGUCGAAAGGUAGUGAAGAAAACGAGAAAAUAUGCCAGAAGAGUGAAGAUUAAACUCACUGAUCCUCAGCACCGACAGAAAAUCACCGUUUAUACUGAAAUGCUGAAACAAAAAGUAGCAGCACUGGGCAACAGGAUCCGAAGAUAUCAUCAAAGAACAUUGAGGUAUAAACAAAACAACCUUUUCGCUAACAAUCAACGGCUAUUCUUCCGACAAAUAGAGACAGAGGAUACAAAACAGCAAAAGGAGACACCAACCGAAGAGAAAAUGACGGCAUUCUGGAAAGACAUUUGGUCACAAAGCGUAGAACACGAUACUGGAGCGCGGUGGAUCGACACCGAAAUCCGAAACUCGUCGGGCUACACAGCAAUGCCAGAAAUUAAUAUCUCAGAGUCAGAUUUGAUUGCAGUCUUCAAGAGAAUGAGGAACUGGACAGCACCAGGUAUAGAUGGCAUACACAACUACUGGUGGAAGGCCUUCACUAGUUGCCACAAAAAACUUGCAAAUCUACUUCAAAGCACUUUGCAGAAUCCUCAAGAAAUCCCCACAUAUUUUACUAAAGGACUGACGCACAUGAUUCCAAAGAAGGGCGACCUCACACAACCAAAGAACUACAGACCCAUAACGUGUCUUCCAUCAGCAUACAAAAUACUAACAUCUAUCAUCAGACAGAAACUAUACUCCCAUAUUAAAAGAAAUAACAUCUUAGCCUGGGAACAAAAUGGGUGCAAGCAUAAAGCUAGAGGAAGUAAAGAACUGCUGGUAAUUGACAACGUCGUCACUAAGCAUGCCAGAAAACGACUAAAGAACAUAUCUAUGAGUUGGAUCGAAUACCAGAGAGCUUAUGACUCUAUGCCCCAUUCCUGGUUGAUCAAAGUUUUGGAUAUCUAUAAAGUUGAUCAACAAGUCUCCGGUCUUCUCCGCCACCUGAUGUCGACAUGA